UAUAAAUGUUAACGACCACGUGGAACCAUCACUGAUCACUGCUACUCCAUAUCAUGCCAGUUACUAAGCAGUAUUUGCGUUAUGAGGAGUCCAGUGCGUUUGGUGUAGUGUGCAGUAGGAAGGCAGGGGCCCUGUUAUUUGAUGGUCACCUUCUGGACAAGAAUAGGAAGGGAAGGAGAUUGGCUUUAGCACCAGCUCUGGAUCACGUGAUCAUUUGGGACUUGAAGACAUCAGAAAAGGUUGAGGUGUUGAAAGGUGAUUCUCAUGAAGUUACUUCUCUCUGUCUCUCUCCCUCCUCCCCUCUGGUUGCUAUUGGUUACGAUGAUGGCAACAUCAAAAUAUUCAACAUGGAGACAGCACGUGACACUAGUGUGACCUUUAGUGGUCACAGUUCUUCUGUUAUUUCUUUAUCGUUUGAUGGUUCCGGUACUAGACUAGUCUCGGGUGGUAAGGACACUGACGUUAUAAUAUGGGAUGUCAUUAACGAGUGUGGACUAUACAGACUGAAGGGACACAAGGGACCAGUGACCUGGUCCUCUUUCAUGAAGGAUAAUAAUGUUUUAAUAACGAGUUCUAAAGACACGAUGGUUAAGUUCUGGGACUUGGACACUCAGCAUUGCUUUGAGACACUAACGGAGAGCACCAGUGAGGUCUGGGGGUGUGUCCUCCUUCCCUCUCAAUCCAAACUAGUGACACUGUCUUCAGACUCUGAGCUGAGAGUGUACGAGCUAAGCCCCGCCCCAUCCCACCCACUCAAUGUGUCACUGGUCGGGUCUAUCAAGAGGCAGUUGAGUACACGCCCACUGGGUAUUAGGAUUGAUGGGCGGGGCAGUUUAAUGGUUGUCAUGAGUGGGGAUCACUUGAUAGAGGUUUAUGGGAUACGUAAUGAAGAGGAGAUUGAUAAAAGGAGGAGGAAGAGAAUUAAGAAAUCAAAGAAGAAGGCAGCAGAGGCAGGGCUGGAGUGGGUGGAGUCAGACACACCCACAUACGUAGUUGAAGAUCAGUUCCACUUGUUGUAUAACUUCAACAGUAGCCACAGAAUGAAAUCAUGUGAUAUUGUUCAAGUAUCUGACAAUAAUUAUCAAUUAUUGUUGUCACUACAUGAGAACAUGCUCCAGAUACACUCCCUCUCUCUCUCUCCCUCUCCCUCCUCCUGUCUCCAUCACUCACUGACUGCCCCUGGCCACAGAUCAGACAUCAGGUCCCUGUGCCUCAGUAGUGAUGGUUCCUUGUUGUCCAGUGGUUCCAAUGAUGUCAUUAAGAUAUGGAGACUGAGGGACCAGUCAAUGGCUACUUGUAUCCACACACUGACAGACUGUGGGUAUGUGGUGUCACUGUGUGUGGUACCAGGGGAUAGGCACUUACUGGCAGGAACUAAGUCUGGUGAUGUUCACUUGUAUGAGAUAUCUUCUGGUAUUCUAUUGGAGACAUUCAAGGCUCAUUCUGGGUCCGUAUGGUCAGUGGGCGUGUCUCCUGGUAGGCGGGGCUUCACUACCUGCAGUGCUGAUCAUGACGUCAAGUUUUGGGAGUUUGAACUGAUCACUGAUGAAGACAGACCAGGGAGGUAA